AUGCUUAGGAAUCUCACUACAUCACUUACGAACAAUCUAUUUGGAUUGUUUACUACACAAAUGCAGCUUAAAUGGAACCAUAACUUGUUAUAUUCAUGCAAAUUGUCACUGGCAUCGUUAGAAUCUGUAAAAUAUUUUUCAACACGUAGCCUACACGGGCGAUUGUUUUACAAAAGAACACCAAAAAUAAUUCCUGUGCACAAACCCAAGAAUGUACGUUCAAAAUGGCUGGAAGGGGCGCCACAAAAAAAGGGAAUUUGCGUCGUUGUCCGUGUUCUCACACCCAGAAAACCAAAUUCGGGCCUAAGAAAAGUGGCCAGGGUGAGGUUAAGUACUGGAAGAACUGUUUACGUUUAUAUACCUGGAAUUGGCCACAAUUUGUCUACACACUCAGUCGUGUUGGUUAGGGGCGGAAGGUGCAGGGAUUUGCCAGGGGUUUACUACAAGGCUAUCAGAGGCAAAUAUGAUUUGUUGCCGGUAAAAAACCGCACCACUAGUAGAUCAAAAUAUGGUGUCAAAAUAGAUGCCAACAUUAGAGCUAGGAAGGAUAACAAGUUGAAACAUAUACACUUGACCAGUCAAUUUGAUAGGGACGAAUUUAACGCCAGGAGAGUGUACAAUUGGCACGACACUAGUGGAGAAUUGUACCUGAAGACAUUGGACACUAGUGACCCAAUGCCACUUGAUAUAUUCCACUUCAACACCCGUUGGAGGCAUAGAUUGGCAACUAAAAAUGAAUAA